CGUCAACUUCAUCUUUUUCUCCUCAAUCUCACAACGAACAUUGAAAGAAAGCAUCGCCAAAUAACGUGACCCGCUCUCUCUUUUUAUCCAAAUUAUUAAUCAUUAUUGAUUAUUGACUGUGCUAUCGUCUAUCGCACAGUCAAAAGCGCAUUCUACCCUCGUUUCUCCUACACUACUUUAUGCAACAAGAGCUUUUGGAGGUCUCAAAACAUAUUCUACCAAACAGCGCCCCUCAAUCUCAACAUACCGUUCAACAUGGCCUUCAGCACCAUGCUUUUAGUGGCUCAGCCCGCCGUUCUCUACUGCAACAGCUGUCCGACGGCAUGUCACCGCGCUCAGAGCGAGGCGACAGCGCCAUCGGUGAUGGCGAAGAAGGCGUUAAUCCGGACUCCCUCCAAGAACGACUGUGCCGAUUGAACGAUGCCCAUGAGGAGCCACAUGCGACAACAUCCAAGACUCCAGGUCAGCGGAUAUCUGAAUAUGAAAAUGCAUUGACACCAGCAGUACCUAGACAGGCCCUAGGCUUCAAGGUUAUUAAACGCGCCGACACGCGCUCCGACGGAGUCCAGCUAUCUGACAUGCCAAAUGAGAUUCUGACGCAUAUCCUGUCCCACUUGCAUCCAGAUUCGCAUGCGGCCGUCUCCUUGGUGUCGAAGCGAUUUUAUGAUUUGGUCACUACCCCUCAUGCAUGGCGCAUGGCUUUCCAGCGAUUCUUCCCCGGACGGGACGCAUUAGCCACCACUGGCAAACAUCAAAAUGGAAUAUGGGGUGAAGAAGAUCCGGACGUUGUACGGUCGGAAGUUCGCUAUUUUACACGUCUAGCGCUCCAUUCCUCUUGGCGUAGCGAAUACCUUCGAAGAACCCAACUUCUCCGUAGUCUCGCCAGAGGCAAGCCCGGAACAAGCUCGGGCGGCAUAGGAUCUUCCUCUAGGACGAGCCAGUCCGGCAAGAAGGCAAGCGCGGUCUUGACGUACAACACCAAACUCCCAUCAGUGGUAACGCAUCUCCAUGCUACAUUUAAGCCUAGCGGGAAGAAGCCACCUAGGGUUAUCCACGGAGCUUCGGACAUGGGUGUCGGUACCCUUAGCGACCCUACCAGUGGCAAGGUUGAGAAAUGGGGCAUAGAUGACCACUUCGGUUUUGCCCAACUGAAUGAUGUGGUACCACAGCUUCUGCCAUAUGGGGUUGGUGAAGGCUCUGCCGCUGUUCCUAACGUCAUGGACGUUAGUCAGCCGUAUGGCCUUCUUGGUGGAGAAGGGUUUCCCGGCGGCCGUGUCUUCUAUCGUGCAACAGGCGAAUAUAGGGGUAAGUACCUUGGCCAGGAUGCAGGACUCGUCGAAGCCCACCCUGAUAUUCCGAAGAUCCCGGAGCUGACAGAAGGCGUCUGCUCGGCUUGGAUUGCUAAAACAUCGUCUGUUCCUUCCACGACCCAAUCGUUGAUUGGAAUAAUGACUGGCUCUUCGUUGGGUGUUGUGACGGCAUUUGCCCUCGGUUACGAUCCCACGGGACCGCGGUAUGCUCCAGGUGAGGUAAGCGCUCGCUGGGUGCUUAGUCCCGGAGUGCCUAUCAUAGCACUCAAGAUCGACGAUAGCUAUACCCAGAAGCGCAAAUCUCUCGGUCGAGUGUUCGCAGUUGCAUUAAAUGCAUUGGGAGAGGUAUACUACCUAACUCAACCUCCAAUUGCACCUAGCAGCAAGACGAAGGCCGACGACAGUCUUAAGCUAGCAUGGCAUACAGGCCGCUCAACAUAUUGGCACCUAGUAGAGGCAACUCGACGACAGGCACGUCCAGAUGAGUCGGGUAGGAACGCACUCCGUGGUGCCUAUUCUCCACGCUCUCCUUCAGACGACAUGGGCUUGACUAAAGAUCAAAUGGCAGCGGAAGCUCGUGAGAUAGAAAAGUUUCUUCGCUAUAAACCAGCCCACUUUCGCAAGGUAUGCUACGGUUGGGAUAUGCGCCGAAAACUUGAAGUGGACUUUGCAAGUGACGACGAACACGGUGCUGGCGAAAGCGUGUUAGUUAUUGAUUGCGGACUAGAAGAAGACCAAACUUCAGCUAUCAAACGACUUACCCGAAGUGCCAUGAGCCGAACUCGACCUGGUGCCCAGCCCACUCCUGAAUCAGAACUUCCGGUGGAGGUUGUCCCUACUCCUUCUAUAUUUGGCGAUAGUAGCACUAGAACUUCGUCACCGAACUCAUCUAGUUCGCCAUUACUAAAGCAGACCUUAUCGACUUCAAGUAAGCUAUCUUCUCCGCCAAUAAUCACUAGUGCCGCAAAGCCAAGUCAAGAUGAUUGGUAUGAGACGUUCUUUUACUCGAAGGAGCUGGGCAACUCGCAAAUAACUGCGACUGGGGUGGAUACGUCACUACUUGCCUUGAUUGCAUCCUUUGAAGAUCCCCUGAAAAGCGUAGCCAACAUCGAUUUGAGUGGUCCAGCAACAUCAACAAGGCAAGCACCAUCAGAUAUCCCCGGCAGACGAGCAAGAUUGUUCGGAGUGGGUACGAAUAAGGGGAAGGUGGUCUUGUGGAAUAUGCGAGAAACCCAUGCUAGCGAUGGUAUACAUCCGGCUAGGGUCAUUCAAACAGAAUCUCCUGAGAUUUCGUGCUUAGCUCUGUCGGCUCUUUAUCUUGUUCAUGGUGGUAGUGAUGGGCUCGUCCAAGCCUGGGAUCCUUUGGCGUCUACUUUAGACCCGAUUCGGACCAUCAAUUCACGCUCCCCGGGUCGUAUGCCUCGACAUUUACUUUCCGUCAACCCGGCAUUACGUGAUUCUAAUUUCGCCGCUGCUGGGGCCAUCUAUUUGGACCCUGAUCCGGGCCUGCUUCAUGGAAUUGUAUCAUUUGGGACCUUCGUACGUUAUUGGUCAUACAGUUCCUCAAAUCAUGCGACAGGCCGUAAACGUCGACAACGUCACUCAGAUAUUCACGGUCGGAUCAGUGGUCGACGUCACGGCGGUGGUGUCGCAGGCUACAUCGCCGCAGAGGCUGAAGAACUCCGCAACGAACAAGAACACAAGGCGAGAGAGCAAGCUCGCCUUCGUUCCCGCUUCGGUGUUGGUCUCGGGGAACUAACAGAAGAGGAAGCUAUACGCUAUGCUGAGAUGGUGUCCCAGGAAUCAUUCCUCCUUGAUGAGCAACGUCGGACCAGUGCCAGUGAUACGGGCUCAGCUGCAGAUUUCGAUACUACCUCUAGUUCUGGCAGUACCCUCACUCCCGACCCAAGUGUUACUGGGCCAAGUCCUCUGGCUGCUAGUUCAAGUACCCGUAAUGAAACGACGGAUGAAAGCGAUUAUGAACGUCAAAUCCAAGCGGCGAUCCGUUUGUCCCUCAUGGAAGGCGUGAAUGAUACAGAAGGAUCACCGAGGGCUAGUGGGUCUGGAGAGUGUGAUGUCCCAUUUGUGAUCAAGGAUAAGAAAGGCAAGGGGCCGUUAAUUCCUGCGUCGUCGAGCCAUACCCCGAUAGUUAAGCCUGUCGAAUCGACAAAUGCUAUAGCUACUGGUUCUAAAGCCGUCAUAGACGAUGACCUGGAGUUUGCACUGCAGCUCAGUCUAGCAGAGGAAGAGAGUAGAAAGUCGAGCAUGGCUGUUCUUAUGGAUCAGGAGGAUGAGUUCCCUUCGCUCGGAGGAAGUGGGCUUGGCAAGGGCAAAGGAAAGGCUAUCUGAAGUCGAGCAAAGAAGUGCCGUGUUUUUCAUGAGACAUUACUUUCUUGAGAUGAACUGUGUUUAUU